CUGCCACACCCGGACCCGCACCGCGGACCCAUGGACGGCGGUCUGCAGCCCGGAUCCCCGCAGCCGGUACCGGAGCCGCGCUCCGGACUCGCGGAACCAGACCCGAACGCGGGCGCCGACCCGGCGCCCGGACCCGCGGACGCGGAGCCCGACCCGAAUCGCGGUCCCGAGGACCCGGACCCGGAUCGGCGUCCCGACGCCGCGGAACCGGUUCCGGCCCCGGCGCCCGCCCCGUGCCGUUGGUUCCUGGAGGGCCGCUGCCGUUUCGGGCCGCGCUGCCGCCACCCGCACCCGGGGCGGAGUCCGACCGCCGGCCCGGAACCGGCAGCGACGCGGGAGGAACCGGCAGCGGCGGGGAAGAAGCCGCCGCUGCGCCGCGCCGCCGCCGUCCUCAGCCGCCUGCGCUGGGACCCUCGAGCGGAGCCCGCGGCCGCCACCGUGGAGUACCGCGACCGCUUCGUGGGCGUCGUGGAGCGGCCGCUGCUGGAGUUCUUCACGGGGCCGCUGUGCGACGCGGGGCCCGCGGACCUGGCGGUGCCCGAACACCGCAUCGUGCGCAUCCGCUACCGCGGGCGCUGCGUGUGGGACCGGGAGAAGCGCAUCGAUCGCGUGUUCGGGUCGGGGGGGGGGAUGGGGACCAUGCGGGAGGUGCUGGAGGAGCUGGGGGAGGGCUGGGGGGAGUGA